AUGGCAUCGCCGGUGGCAGAUCGGCAGGUCCGCAUCUCCAAGAUUGCGGGUCGAUACCUUGUCUUUGACAUUGACGACGUCGUGCACAUUAGGCGUCAGCAUGGAAUCUGCAGCGUCUUCACAGGCACCAUGCCGCAGAAUGCCACGCAAAACGUCCUCCUCGGCUUGCCCGUUGAACUGUACGCGGAAGAGGCUCGGCUCCUGGUUGACAAGAAGGCUGCGUACAUCGCCGAUGAGUCGGCUGACCAUCUGACCCAAUUGAAAACAAUGGAUGAGACUGCUCGCAGAGAGUAUAUCGCGUCCCUGAAGUCGCAGCGCAGAAACGCGCAGCUGGUGUUCGCGGAUGCGAAGGCGAGGUCGUUGGCGAAGCACGCAGAUAAGCGGAAGCCAUCGCCGCGGGACCAAGUAUCUAAAGAUGGCCCGGCCAUUGGCAGCGGUCUGGACGACAAGAAGACGAGCAUAAUAGACGGGGCCGGUGGAGAUACGCUAUUCGACUCUCGGCCAGUUUCCAAGCCCGUUCCGAAGACAGUGACUGUAGAGGCCAUGCCCGCCAUCACGCCCACCACCAGCAAUGCGCUGAUCCGGCCGAAUCCUAGCAGCGUUGCUGCUCUAGAGUUGCCUUCUUCCGAUCUCCUUUUGGCGUACUUGAAUGCAAGGGGAUAUUUCAUCACCCCUGGGCUCCGGUUCGGGGGAGACUACAGCGUCUACCCCGGGGACCCCUUCAGAUUCCACGCCCACUACCUGGCCAAUAGCUAUGGGUGGGAUGAGGAAAUCCCCAUGCUCGAUCUUCUCACCAGCGGCCGGUUAGGCACGGCCGUCAAGAAGAGCUAUCUUUUCGGUGCGGCGCGUAAUGACCAGAAAGCGGCAGGGGGGCCCAAUGUGUCCGCCGAUGGCGAUAAGGGCGGAGACGAGGAUGUGCGGGUCUUCUGCGUUGAGUGGGCAGCUAUGUAA